AUGACUGCGUCUACCCCGGAUCGCAGGAUAUCCGACAUGGAUAUCGUGUCUGAGAAGCAUGUCGUGGACGCAAAAGUCCUCGAUUCACCACCCAGUGAAGUCGAUCAGGGCAUCGUCAAAGACUGGGAUGGCGAAGAGGCCUCUGUGAAGCGCAAGAUCGACUUUAUCCUCCUCCCGAUCCUUGCUCUCGCCUUUUUCGCUCUGCAGCUGGACCGUGGUAACACCAGUGCAGUCUUGACCUCCACCAUCACCAAAGACCUGCACAUCACUACCAAUCAGAUCAAUGUCGGCAGCCAGCUCUUGUCCGCCGGAAUCGUGCUCGCCGAGAUUCCCUCCAACAUUAUAAUGCAGCGUGUUGGGCCUCGGGUAUGGCUAUCGGGUCAGUUAUUUGCAUGGGGUCUCGUUGCCACCUUCCAAGCCUUUGUACAGUCAUAUCCCGCUUUCUUGGUCACAAGGAUUCUGUUGGGUCUCUGUGAGGGUGGUUUCAUUCCUGGUGCCUUGUACUACGUUUCCACCUGGUAUAAGAAGGAUGAGACUAGUCUUCGGACGAGUCUGUUCUUUUAUGGGCAGAUGUUUUCUUCGGCUACGUCGAGCUUGAUCUCGGCUGGUCUCCUGAAACUCGACGGUCGCCAUGGUCUGGAGGGUUGGCGUUGGGUUUUCCUCGUCGAGGGAGUCAUGACCCUCGUCAUCGGAGUCAUUUUCACUCUUCUGGUACCUCCCAGCGCCGGCGACGGUCGGGCUCUGAUCAGCUUCGGCCGCUGGAGCUAUUUCACCGAGCGCGAAUCGCACAUCAUCCGGAACCGUGUCCUGUUGGAUGAUCCCCGCAAGGCUCGGGGCCAUAUUCAGAUCUCGCGUAGUGAUAUCUGGCAAACCCUCAAGCAGCCCCGAAUCAUGCAACAUGUGUUCUUGACCCUCGUUGCUAUGUCGGGUUUCCAGGGCUUGACCCAAUAUACGCCCACUCUGAUUAAGACGAUGGGCUUCAGUUCAAUUCGGGCCAAUGUGCUCGCUUCGGUCCCGGUCUACUGCGGUAUUGUGUGGCUGACAGCUUUGGCCGUCGCAGCCGAUUGGACAAACCUUCGUGGUCCUAUUGUGCUUUUAGCUAUCACGUGGAACGUGAUCUCCUAUGCCUGCCUGCGAACAACUCCAUCUACCGCCUCGAAGUGGCAUAAAUACGGCGUGAUCGCAGUAGCAAACGUGUCGUAUUGCAGCAUGCAUAUUCUGAACGUUGGCUGGCUGUCUACAUUUUGCCGCACCCCCCAAGAGCGCAGCGUUGCGAUGGCUCUGGUUGUUAUGGCGGCCAAUUGCGCGGGAAUUUCCGGCUCACAGAUCUUCCGUACGGCAGAUGCACCCAAAUAUCUGCAUGGUCUCACCGCAAUCUGUGCUCUGGCGGGUGCUUCGUGGGUUCUGGCAGCGAUCCUUUGCGUACAAUAUUAUACUCGUCGGCGCAAGGAAGAGCCCAAGUCGGAGACAAAGCCAGACACUGUGGCUUAG